GCUCGCGCCGAGGAGACAAGGGGAAACUUUCCCAGAGUUCCUUCCAGCUGGCUUUUGGUGAGGGUGGGGUGGAGCAAAACAGUAACCACUCCAUCACCGAGAGACCUCGACAGCUUAAGGCCCAAGCAGCAGAAGGCCCGGAGCAUCGCAGCCCUGCAGUCACCCCCACUGCAGGCUGCCGGGGAAGGGGCGCGUGGGCUCGGGGGCGGGGAGCAGAUCGCGCUCCGGCCUGGUUCCCUCGGGGAGCUACCCCCAUCCCAGUGAGCCCGUCCUUCCCUCUCUAUGGCUUUAAGGUAGUAGCGCAUCCCCACUCUCUGACAUUUUAUUCCUAUGCGGGGAGCCAGUCCAGGAUAUCAGAUACACCCACGUACUCUGAGCUGCACCAAGACGACGCGGGUCCGCGCACCUGGAGAGCAGUAGUAAGAGUGGCCCUCGAGUGUGCUCACCAACGACUGUCCCAUCCCUUAGAAGAAUCAUCACCUCACACUAGGGACCGGGGAUUAGGCCACCACGGGGUAAAGGGCUUGAGUGUCUCCGGGGUGGCUGCAGCGGGGACCUGGCAGGGGUAGGGUGAGGCGUCCCGGAGGAGGGUCACGUGCAGGAAGCGAAUCCCUGGCCACCUGCUUAUUUACCCCUGCCAAUCCGAGUUCUUGUCCCCGGAGCUGAGAACUGGGGGUACUUGGGGUCCCACUCACUCGCCCUGGGCCUGGCCCAAGGUGAUGGCCACGCCUGGAGACUCGCGGCGCCUCUUCAAGCUAGUGCAGGAGGGCCGACUUCGCGCCCUGCAGGAGGAACUGCAGGCCGCGGGAGUCUGCCAGGAGUUGGCAGGAGACACCUUGCUUCAUUGUGCUGCCCGUCAUGGACACCGGGACAUCCUAGCCUAUCUGGUCGAAUCCUGGGGCAUGGACAUCGAGGCCGGGAACCGAGACUACAAGAGGCCUCUGCACGAGGCUGCCAGCAUGGGACACCGGGACUGUGUGUGUUACCUGCUGGAUCGAGGGGCAUCGGUGGACUGCCUGAAGAAGGCUGAUUGGACUCCUCUGAUGAUGGCUUGCACAAGAAAGAAUCUUGAGGUGAUCCAGGACCUUGUGGAACAUGGUGCCAACCCACUUCUUAAGAACAAAGAUGGCUGGAACAGUUUCCACAUUGCCAGUCGAGAAGGUGACCCUCUGAUCCUCCAGUACUUGCUCACUGUUUGCCCAGAUGCCUGGAAGACAGAGAGCAAAAUUAGAAGAACUCCUCUGCACACUGCAGGUACAGCCUGCAGCUCUGUAACAAUGCAUGGCUGUUUAGAAGCAGUAAAGGUGCUUCUUACAAGGUGCCAGUAUGAACCAGACUGCAAGGACAACUGUGGCAUUACCCCCUUUAUGGAUGCAGUUCAGUGCGGUCACAUCGACAUAGCCAAGCUGCUGCUCAAAACACAUAAGGCUUGUUUUUCAGCUGAGGAUAGCCUGGGAGCCCAGGCUUUGCACAGGGCAGCAAUCACUGGGCAAGAUGAAGCCAUCCGAUUUUUGGUGUCCGAUCUUGGCAUCAACGUAGAUGUGAGAGCAGCAACAACCCAUCUCACAGCACUUCAUUAUGCAGCUAAGGAAGGGCACACAAGCACAAUUCAGACUCUUCUAUCCUUGGGUGCUGACAUCAAUGCUAAAGAUGAAAGGAAUCGAUCAGCCCUGCAUCUGGCCUAUGCAGGCCAGCACUUGGCUUGCGCUGAGUUCCUCCUGCAGUCUGGCCUGAAGGAUUCAGAAGAUGUAACGGGCACCCUGGCUCAGCAGCUCACAAAGAAAGCAGAUGUUCUUCAGGGCUUCAACUUGACAUAAGAGUGUUCCUAAAAGGAGACAAUAAAGUGUGUGAUAGUUGAUAUCCUGAUUCGUAUAUCACUAGCAAAUUCAGUAAAAUUAUUCAGUGUGCAACCUUUUCGUCUCCUGCUUUCCCUCCUGCAUGCUCCUCUUCCACAGAGGAUGUCACACAUGACCAGCACUGGGUUGCUAGCUCUGAGACUGGCAGGUUAUAAAAUCCGCAGCACAGGCAUAAUCUUUCCCUAGUCCAUAUUUCACUUUUUCCACGCUAAAAGGAGGAUUAGAUAAUGUUUAUGAAAUUAGUCUCUGAAAUCUUUAGUGAAACAUGUAACAUGAAUGACUAUAAUACAUAUAUUUUUGUAAAUAUAUGGACAUGUGUUACAGUAUUGUAUGGUAAGGUGAUGAAGGUAUUAAAAAUGUAAAUUGCUGUUAAUUUGAACCAAAAAAUAUAAUUAGUCUGUUUAAUUUCUUCCUUCAUAGGCUUUUACUUCUCCAUUCCAGUGGUCAACUUCUGGUUUCAUAGCUGGGAAAGAAAUAUUUAUCUGUUCCACAAGGAGUUAAUGAAAACUUUUCCAAUUAAGCUAUAAAGUUUUAAUUUUUAGAGUUUUGUAUUUUAAUGUACAAGUUCUGUACUGGCCCUGUUUUGGUAAUAAAUAACACUUAGAAAAUGCA